AUGCAACCUGAACUGAACGCCCUCAAGGGCGACGACAAAGCAGUGGCCAUGUCGAAAGACUUAGAGAUCCAGCUGGACAAUAUGGAUGGCAACUCUCUCAAGAAGGAAGAAAGCGCCAUGGUGGGCGAAGUCGAAGACCUGGACGAAGCGAACCUAUUUCUGCGGCAACACAAUAUCACUCCCCAGUACAUUGCCGAGCUCCUCGAAGACAAAAAUGCGAACAAGAAGGUCUCCAGGAAAGUCGAUUUGCUAUUGCUACCACUGCUAUGCGGAACGUAUUUCCUCCAAUACAUCGACAAGCAAGCGAUCAGCUACUCUGCCGUAUUCGAUCUUUUCGAAACCACUGGUAUCACCGGCGAUCAGUAUUCCUGGCUGGCAUCAAUCUUCUACUUCGCCUACUUGUUCGCAGAAUGGCCAUCAGCAUACCUUGCGCAGCACUUCCCGACUGGUCGAGUCGUGUCAAUUUACUGCUUCUGUUGGGGCUCAGUUAUGUUACUUACAGCCGCUACGCACAACUUUGCAGGCUUUGCUGCCAUGCGAUUCCUCCUUGGUGUCUUCGAGAGUGUCGUCACCCCGGCUUUCAUGAUGAUGGUUGGAAUGUGGUACGUCGGGAAGCAGCAGCCUGCAAGAGCAGGUAUGUUCUACUGCUUUAAUGGCAUCGGUAGCGCCGUUGGUGGUAUACUCUUCUACGGCUGUGGAUACGCAAAGACCUUCGUCGUCUGGAAGAUCAUAUACAUUAUAUGUGGAGGUAUGACCGUUCUUUGGUCCAUACUGCUCUUCUUCAGACUGCCGAACAACAUCAUGACAGCCAAAAGCUUUACUACAGAAGAGAAAGCUCUUUUGAUCGGCCGUGCCGCCAGCAACCGUACUGGAGUUUACAACAGAAAGAUCAAACUACCGCAGGUCUUGGAGGCCCUGAUUGACCCUCAGAUCUGGAUACUCUUCUUCUUCGUCUUAUGCAAUGAAAUGAUCAACGGCGGUAAUGCAAACUUCGGCAAACUCAUCGUCAAGGACGUAGCAGGAGGUGAUCCACUCAAAACGACGCUAUACGGGAUUCCGCAGGGCUUCGCCCAGGUGUUUUGGGUUUUCACAGGCCCUUUGCUCGCUUCACGACUUCCCAACGCGCGCACCUUCAUCAUGGCUCUUUACCUUUGUCCCACAAUAAUAGGCACGUGUUUAAUAUGGCAGCUACCACGCUCCAACACGGCUGGGUGCUUGGCGGGAUAUUACUUGACCGGUUCGUUUGUUGGCUCUCUAGUCAUUGCUCUGCAGCUACCUGCAUCAAAUGUAGGUGGAUACACAAAGCGAACCACAAGCACAGCCUUUGUCUUUCUGGGAUACUGUGUUGGUAACAUUAUUGGCCCUCAGGCCUUCUUGGCUGAAGAAGCUCCCAAAUACGAGACAGGCGUGAAGAUGUUUCUGGGAUGCGCUGUCUCUCAGGUCGUGCUAGCACUUUGCUUACGAGCCUUACUCGCACGGAGGAACGCUCAACGCGACCGCGAAGAAGCUGAGGGUUCGCAUAGCCAAGACGAUGAUCUAAACGACGCGGAUGCCAUCGAGGAUACUACAGACUUCCACAACAGGAAGUUCCGAUAUGCCAUAUAA